UAUUAAGAAGUUGCUUAGCUUCUGUGAUCGAUUAGCCAGUAAGUACGUCAUCAAUCAGCAGGCUGCUAUUAAUUUAAUUUCUUGUUUCUUUGGAAGUCACUUGUUUAAAUAAUGGCUCUUUAAGCAGUAUUUUGCCGCUUUUGUACGGUGCGCGCGCAUUUAACGAGACCAGUUUUUAACACAGGAAAACUUUACCUAAUCAUAAUCAUAUUUGAGAUAUUUAAACAAGUUGUAACUGAGAACAUAUCCAUUGCAUUGCGCGAGAAUAGAGAAACUUGUCACACAAGUUGUGCAAAAUGUUUGCGGAUUUAAUUUAUUUCACAGUUUUCGUCAAUUUAAUUUUAACAAUACAAUGCUAUAUAACUUCACAUAGACCAAAACUUGUGAUAGAUCAAGAUGGGGGUGCUGACGAUGCGAUGGCCAUUUUUAUUGCAUUAUUACGGGAAGAGUAUUUCAACGGCCCUGAGCUGGUAGCCAUAACAACAACUCAUGGUAAUGUAAACGAGUCGCAGUGCUUUAUAAAUACUCAAAGAAUAUUAGAUACAGCUAAGAGGAGAGAUAUACCCAUUCAUAGAGGAAGCGAGAGUGCCAUCAUCAAAGACUAUCCAGAAGAUAACUUCUUUGGCACUGAUGGUCUGGGAGAUAAUAAGAACGUGAAGUAUCAAGCAAUAAGGGCAGAACCUUCACAUGCAGUAUUUAUUUUGAUUGAACUUUCAAAGAAAUACGAAGGUGAACUCAUAGUUGUGACUAUAGCACCACUCACAAAUAUAGCAUUAGCACUCAAAAUUGAUCCUGACUUCAUAAAUAGACUCAAACAUAUAUAUGUUGGUGCUGGAACCAUUAAUGACGCUGGCUUUCCAAAACCAGAAUUCAACGCUUUGCUCGACGUCGAGGCUUACUAUAUUUUGAUGCAAAGUGCACAUCCAGACAAAGUUACUGUUUUGCCCUUCUCCCGGAUUAAAGAUUCGAUGAAUAUCACUACAGACUGGCGCCAGAAUGUGCUUGGCAAAAUCAACACUGAUAUCAUGCGAGCUCAAAACAUGUUUGACCAAGUAGCGCUACCGAAAAAUCCUAGAUGGCACUAUUUAGAUCCUGCCGUAAUGUCAGUGGCACUGAACAAUGGCAUAGUAGAAAGCUACAAGCUUUCAAAAAACAACAUUACCUUAUGGGGUGAUAAAAGAGGAUAUAAUACAAACAAUUUUACAAGCGACCAACCUAACGUGAAUCUUGUCUACGCUACCUCAGAAAAUAAAUAUAAGAAUUUUUUAUAUGAGACAUUUUCAGCAGAAAUUCCUGAAUACAAUAAAAAUUAAACCUCCUAUUAUAUUUAUUGAUAUUAAAUUAUUUAUUUUACUUAUUC